CAGCGACCGAACAACGUCAGCGAACAUGGCAGCGACAACCACCGAGCGUGAGCUCACGCCCGAGUUCCUCGACAGCAUCCACGAGAGCUUCACCUCUGACAGCAAGAACCUCCUUGCUGUCAAUGCCUGCGUCCGCAACGACGUCCACGAGGUCCUCACGGCCCACUCUGUGACCCGCGGCGACACCUCGCAUCACACGUUCUCGCACGUGGUGUCAGGCGAGUGCAAGGCGGCCGACCAAAAGUCGUCGGGGCGGUGCUGGAUCUUUGCCUGCCUCGGCGUCAUCCGGCGCGACAUCAUCAAGGAGCACGACUUGCCGGCCGACUGGGAGCUCUCUCAGACGCAUCUGUUCUUCUGGGACAAGGUGGAGCGGUGCAACCACUUUCUAGAGGUCAUGAUUUCGACGCUCGACGAGGACGUCGACUCGCGGCUCCAACACCACCUGCUGAGCGACCCGAUCAACGACGGCGGGCAGUGGGACAUGCUCGCGAACCUGAUCAACAAGUACGGGCUGGUGCCCAAGACCGCCAUGCCCGAGGCGUGGACCUCGUGCGCGUCGCGCAAGCUCAACUGGCUGCUGGCCAACAAGCUCCGCGAGUUUGCGUCCGUCUUCCGCACCCAGUGCGGGGUGACCGACGGCGAGGAUACGUUUGCCGCCAAGGCUGCACGCGGGCACAAGGUUCGCACACUCAAGGCCGAGAUGAUGGAGGAGCUCUACCGCAUCAUCUGCAUCCACCUCGGCACGCCUGUGACCAAGUUUGACUGGUCGGUCCGUUCCAAGGACGGCAAGUCGUUCAAGCGGUACACCGGGCUGACGCCGAAGACCUUUGCGGAGAAGUUUGUCAAGUUUGACGUCAACGACUACGUCUCGGUCAUCAACGACCCGCGCAACGAGUACGGCCAGAUGUACACCGUCGCCCACCUCGGCAACGUCGUCGGCGGCGCCCCGUUCGCUACCUCAACGCGCCCAUCGACGUCCUCCGCAACCUUGUCGCCGACUCAAUCAUCGACGACAAGUCGGUCUGGUUCGGUUGCGACGUCGGCAAGUUCUUCCUCCGCAAGGAAGGCAUCCUCGACACUGCCGUCUUUGACUACGACCUCGUCUGCGGCACGUCGUUCCACAUGGACAAGGCGACCCGCCUCCGCUACGGUGAGAGCCUCAUGACCCACGCCAUGGUCUUCACUGGCAUUGACAUGGAUGUCACGCCGGCUGGCACCCGCAACGUUCACGCCUUCCGCGUCGAGAACUCGUGGGGCACGACCCGGACCGGCAAGGAUGGCUUCCUCGUCAUGUCCUCGGCCUGGUUCGACGAGUUUGUCUACCAGAUCGUCGUCCCCAAGACCGCGCUCCCCGACGAGCUCCAGGCCGUCCUCGCCUCGGAGCCGGUCGUUCUCCCGGCGUGGGACCCCAUGGGCGCCCUUGCCCGCGAUCCUGCCGCCGAUUUUGCCUCUGAUGACGAGUAAAGGCGAUCCCCCCCCCCCC